UAGCUCUCUCUAAGCUUAAUCGCCAUAGCUCUUUCUUUCUUUUAUUGGGUAACAGUUACUUUCUACGCGUUAAAGCCGUAAUGACAUGAGGCUUUGAGCAAGUGAAAGAGAGAUGGGAUUCUAGAGAGAGAAAGAUAGAUAAGAGAAAGAUAGAUAAGAGAAGGGAAAAAAAAAAUCAUUGCUUCCUGCGUUUUCCAUGUCCUAAUUCUCAUUAAUGUCAUGCGUGCAAGCUAUGCUUAGAUGUUAGAGCUUUAGCCUCCACAACUAGCUACCGCCCUCUUCCACCUUAAUGAACAACCUCCACCCCUCCUCCUCAUUUCUUGGUCCUUAACGGUUUUUAUUAUCUUCAAGCUUCUUCAUUCUUCAAUAGCCUCUCGUUCUUCUCUCUGUUUGUUUAUAAUUAUUUAAUUAUGACAUAUUGCUUUUCCUUCUUAAUUAAGAAUACCCACCGCCACCACCUUUUAUCAUUAAUUCUCUCUUUCGGGGUUAUCCUAGUUUUGACAAAGUUUCAGAAUUAAAGCUUUAACUUGUAGCUCUCUCAGGAAAAAGGAAAAUAAAAAACUUGAGUUCUCAUCAGUUUUCACUGAUACAUAAAGUAUUCGCCGCCUCUUGUUUUCAAGGAUCUACAAUCGGGGGUGUUUAUAGAAAUCAAGGAAAUUUCAGAGCUUGACAAGGCUGCAAAUUAAAUCUCUAGCUGGAUUGUUUUUCUGUGUCUUGCUUUUGUUUAGAUAUCAAUUGAAGCCAUGGGAGGUCAUGUGAGCAAAAAGCCAGCCGAAGCAUCUUCUACUAUUAAUCUCAACAACAACCUACAAUAUACAACUGAAUUGAGCUCGUAUGAGGCUGCCUGCAGGCUUGACGAGGAUUUGCAAUCAUUUGACACCACUCUCCAAGUUCGUACCAAUCAUGUUAUAAAUACUCUUGCUGUUGGUGUUGAGGUUCGAGCUCUUUCAUUCGAUUCCUUGAAAGAAGUAACUGAAUGUCUACUGGAAAUGAAUCAAGAAGUUGUUAAGGUUAUUUUGGAGUGCAAGAAAGAUAUAUGGAAGAAUCAAGAAUUGUUUGAACUUGUCGAGGAAUACUUUGAGAAUAGUUUGCAAACUCUAGAUUUCUGUACUGCAUUGGAUAAGUGCUUAAAGCGUGCCCGUGAUAGCCAGUUGUUUAUUAUGGUGGCACUUCAACAGUUUGAAGAGGAAAGUGAGGCUGGAGGGAAUAGGUAUGUAAAAACCUUGGAGGGAUUGAAGAAUUUCAAGGCAUCAGGAGAUCCUUUCACUGAGGAAUUUUUUCAGAUCUUUCAAUCUGUAUAUAGGCAACAGAUAUUGAUGCUUGAGAAGCUGAAAUUUAGAAAGAACAAACUUGACAAGAAACUCAAGUACAUUCAUGCUUGGAGGAAGGUUUCAAGUAUGAUAUUUGUUGCUACUUGUGCUGCUGUGUUGAUUUGCUCAGUUGUGGCAGCAGCUAUGGCUGCCCCUCCUGUUGCAGCUGCUCUUGCUGCAGCAACAUCUAUCCCAGUUGGCUCAAUGGGGAAAUGGAUUGAUUCCCUAUGGAAGAACUAUGAAAAUGCCUUGAAGGGACAGAAGGAGUUGAUUAGCACAAUGCAAGUGGGUAGUUACGUUGCUAUAAAAGAUUUGGAGAACAUUCGGGUUCUUAUUGAUCGGUUGGAGAUCGACAUUGAAGCACUAAUGUUAAAUGCAAAAUUUGCAGUUGAGGAAGAUGCUGUAAAGGUUGCAAUAGAGGAGAUUAAGAAGAAGCUGGAAGUGUUUAUGAAGCAUGUUGAAGAUCUGGGAGUACAAUCUGAUACAUGCAGCCGAGAUAUUCGAAGGGCAAGGACUGUAGUUCUGCAAAGGAUCAUCAAACACCCCAGCAACUAAAAAGUUUCACUGCAUUACUCUGUUUAGGCAACAAUAUAAUUUUUUACUUUCCAUUUUGAAAACUGUUUAUUAUUUAAUUAUUGUAAAUUAUUAUUGAUUGCUAUUACUACACACAUUGUGUCA